CUCACGACAGUUUUUCUCGUUGAAUCAAACAUAAAAAUCAACCAUCAUGAUUAAGAUAAUCCUUCUGUUUGCCUGCCUCGCUGUUAUUACAUCCGCUCAAUACUAUGGAGGAUAUCACGGCCACCAUGAUGAUUAUCAUCAUUCCCACCCGAAAUACAAAUUCGAGUAUGGAGUGAAGGAUGGACACACCAAGGAUCACAAGAGUCAGUGGGAACAUCGCGAUGGAGAUCUGGUGAAAGGACAGUAUACUCUGGAUGAAGCCGACGGAACUCAUCGUGUUGUUGACUAUACUUCGGAUCAUAAGGCCGGAUUUCAGGCACAUGUUCAGCGAAAAGGACACGCCCAUCAUCCACACGGAGAGAGCUAUGUUAAAAUCGAUCAGCAUUAUUGA